AUGGGUCAGGAUGAAAACCUUGAAGCGUCGCUUGCGCAUAUUAUACUGUGCUGUGUGGCGGGAAGAGGGAUCAGCCGAUGGUCGUCAAGGUCUUUCAUACAUCCAGGAAUGCACGCCAAUUUCUUCAUACACGGACUUCUUGGACUAAUUAACUUUCAAAGUUCGGCAUUUGGGAGCGAUGUCAGCGCAGCCUACAAAUUGAGUGUCAAAGCGACGCGUUACCUCGCCCUGCCCUGUCUCAUGGCGGACAUGUACAGGGGGCCUCUAACUGGCAACGAUUCCCUGGUAGCCAUUCACUUGGCGUCCGGAUUAAUUCCAAUGUUACUUGCAGUGAGCGGAAAGGACAAUCCGCAUUUGGGUAAUUUAAUGGUAGCGGCCAAUAUAAUCUCUCUGGUACAUUUCUCUGUCCAGAAUUCGAGAGAUUGGGGUUAUUAUACGGCUUUGGCGGGGUUUUUGGCGUAUUUUGGAGCGACUAAUGCUGGUCACCCCAUCUUUUAUCCAAUAGCGUUAGCCGUUAUGGAGUACUUUGCGUACAGGCUGUACCAUUACGAGCCACCGCCGAGGAGGUAG